AUGACUGGGCUCCCUGUGGGUAAAACAACAGCAUGCACCCACCCAGCUGAUGAUUGUCAACUUCCCAUGCAAUUGAAUGGAGGGAUGUGUCUUGAUCGGUUCAUAUUUUGCGCGCCAGCCACUGUUAUGGUCUCACCUGAUGAGGGAUUCAGCUCUGACGAGGAGUCUGAAGCACUAAAGACUUUGACAAAAAAAGAACAACAGGCACUUGAGCGACGUCGACUCAAAAACAAGAGGAAAAAACUUUCAAAACGGCGAAAAGGAGCUAACGAAGAUAAUGAUGCAUCGAACGAUGCUGCUGCUCUUUCGGAAGAUAAACCGGACGACCACCAAGAUGGUGAAGUAAUGGGACCGAAAAAUAUAACUGAUGAUCUCGAGGUGGAAAUCGAUUACGUUGGAGAAGCGCCGAAGCUGGACGAGAGCGAUCCAAAUUAUCAGUAUUUCUCCGCAAUAUUUAGUGCUUUCAAGAUCGAAACAAAUCCAGAAGAUGAAUCUGCAAAUGGAGCUAUUUCUUCUGGGAGAGAUCAUAAAAAGGAUGAGGAAUACAAUCGUGCUUCCAUGUCAGAAAAGAUUCUACAAGAAGAAAUUAAUGACAAGUUGAAUGACCCAAAUGAACCAGAGAGGAUGUCAAGGAGAAAGCUACGCUUGGCUAUGCAGCCAAGCAUUGCAAAACUGAAAGAGUCUACGCGUCGUCCUGAUGUCGUCGAGUGGGCAGAUGUUACGUCGAGAGAUCCAUUCAUGUUAGUGGCCCUCAAGUCUUACCGCAACACAGUACCAGUCCCUCGCCACUGGAACGCGAAGAGAAAGUAUCUUUCAGGAAAACGCGGAUUUGAACGACCGCCAUUUGAGUUACCUGAUUUUAUCAAACGGACUGGGAUUCAAGACAUGCGCGAAGCGUUAUGGGAGAAGGAAGAGAACCAGAAUCUCAAAUCGAAAAUGCGUGAGAGAGCUCGUCCAAAGUUAGGCAAAAUCGACAUCGAUUACCAAAAGUUACAUGAUGCUUUCUUUAAAUGGCAGACGAAGCCACCAAUGACAAUGAUGGGAGAGCUAUAUUAUGAGGGGAAGGAAGUAGAAACACUUAUGAAAGAUAAGAAACCUGGAAACCUUUCCGACGAUCUCCGUAUUGCUCUUGGCAUGCCAGUUGGCCCAAACGCUCAUAAAUUUCCUCCUCCUUGGCUCAUUGCUAUGCAGCGGUACGGUCCUCCUCCGAGUUAUCCAAAUCUUCGCAUCGCUGGAUUGAAUGCACCCAUACCCGAGGGGUGUGCUUUCGGAUAUCACGCAGGAGGAUGGGGCAAACCGCCUGUUGAUGAUUAUGGAAAACCACUUUAUGGUGAUGUGUUUGGGCAAGAGCCAACGAGUCAGGUUGAACCUGAAGACGAAACACGCAUUGAGCGUAGGUAUUGGGGAGAAAUUGGUUCGGACGAAGACUCGGACGAGGAAAGUGAACCUGAAGAAGAAGAAGAAGCCGCUGGAGGUGUUACGAGUGGUAUUGAUGGCAUUGCAACACCAAUGACCGAGGGAAUGGCGACACCUAGCGGAAUCACAACAGGAGUCACUGGAUUGGAAACCCCCGAUACCAUAGAACUGCGUAAGGGUAGGCGAAUAGAGGAGAGUUUGGCAGGAGCGGACACUCCAGCUGCUGCGUAUCAUAUUCUUCCCGAAAAACGAGUUGAUAGAAUUGGUGGACAGAUGAUGGCGUCUACUCAUGUUUAUGAUCUAUCUAAAAAAGUGGCGGUGACCGAUGGGGGAGUGGAAGUUUCACUGGAUCCUGACGCCAUUGACCUUGACCAAGGAAAACUACAGGAGAAAUAUGACGAACAGCUCAGAAAGCAGACGCGAGCGGGAGACGACAGAGAGGAUCUGUCAGACAUGGUCGCAGAACAUGCUGCUGGACAGAAUCGCAAAAGGAAAGCUCAGGAGCAAAAGAAAACCUCUCAUCAGAGCAAGAAAUACAAGGACUUCAAAUUUUAG